AUGAGUUCUCUUCAUAAUGCUUUACUAAAAGAAUUUCUAGAUGAAGAUGCUAUGGAUGAAAUAGAUCUUAAUACAACAGAUGAUAUUAAUGUGUUUGAUAAGGAAUCAGAAGAUGAAGAAUUAGAACAAAUAAAAUCUCCUGCUGCAACUAAUAAUUUGGUUGAAUGCAUUAAAAAGAUAAUGUCUAAAUUAUUUACAAAAUACUAUGAGUUUUCUGAUGAUAGAAUAUUAUUUACUGCAAUAGCAAUUGAUCCAAGAUGCAAAAACUUUGAAUUUGAAGGUGCUACGUUGAAGUAUCAAGAUUAUCUUAGGUUAGAAUAUGAUCAAAUUAUAAAUGAUAAAAGUUUUGGGUCAUUAUUGAAUGAAGUAGCACUUGAUCUAUCUGGGUCAUUCAUAUUAACAGUUUUUACAGUAGUUCAACAAAAGGUAAUACACAAAAAUGAAGUUGAUCAAUAUCUUAUGAUGGAAACAAUUGGACCUUCAGAAAAUCCCUUAUAG